CUACAAACUCAAAAUCUCAAAUCAAAUUAAAUGCACCAGUAGAUACUACAGGUCUUUUAGAAAAAGUAAAACAUAAUUUUUAUAAAAUUUUAUGUUAUUACUAUCCUGAUUCUACACCACAAGAAUUAUUGUCUGCUUUAUUGGAUCUAUGUCUUAAAUCUCUUGAUUAUAUGAAUGGCAUAAAUAGAGUGGCUAUUAAAAAUCUUCUUAGACAACUAUAUAAUAAUGAAAAAACUAUGGAGAUAAAUCAAAAUGAUAAAGACAAAGAACUUGAUAAUGGUGCUUAUAAUUUGGAUAAUAAAAGAUCUGAUAAAUUUAUAGUUACUAUGAAUCUAUUAUAUACACCAUAUUUGUUGAAAUCAUUAGAAAAGGAAGAUCAUCCCUCAGCUAAUGAAAUUGACGAAUAUAUGAAGCAACCUAAAAUAAGUCUUAAAAAAGACCCCCUGGUAUGCUAG